AUGGCCGGAGUGAAUGGAGACCGUAAAGGGAAGAAAGAUGACAAUGGCAUCGGCACGGCCAUCGAUUUCAUGCUUUCCAACGCUAAGCUUGUUUUGGGUGUCGGCGGAGCAGCCAUGCUUGGCAUUGCAACGCUUGCUGUCAAAAGAAUGUAUGACCGUGCCAUCAGUGCUCCAACCAGCCCCACCAAGAUGGAGCAGAAAGGAAAACAAAGCUGGGAAGAGCCCGCCUGGGUGGGUUCGUCACCUCGAUUACUGAACCACGACAUGAAGGCCACCGUUAGCAGGUCACUCCAGUCCCUGCCCACUGCUUCAAAUUCAUUUGAACCAGACUAUCUGCGGAGGGCAGUGUGUCGAGCUGCACUGAAAGGGAGUGGCCCGACUCAGUCCGACCUGCUCCGUGCUCGGAUGCGCCUCUCCCUGCAGGAGCGUCUGUGGGAUUUCUACCAAAACAAUGUGGACAUUCCCUCUGAGGAGCAGGCUGUGGCCCGGAGGGCAGCGCUGGACAUCUGCGCUGAGCUCAGAGUGUUCCUGCACGCCAAACUUCCCGACAUGCCGCUCCGAGAGAUGUACCUGAGCGGCAGCCUCUACGAUGACCUGCAGGUGGUGAUGGCUGACCAUGCCCAGCUGAUGGUGCCUCUCAUUCUGGAGAAGAACCUGUGGUCAUCCAUUCCAGGGGAGGACACAAUCAUGAACGUUCCAGGUUUCUGGCUGGUCCGCAGAGAGAACUUAGAAUAUUUCCCACGGAACAGCAGCUACUGGGACCGCUGCAUGGUGGGGGGUUACCUCUCCCCUAAAUCAGUCCUGGAAGUGUUUGACAAGCUGGUUGGUUCUAUUAACUGGCCUGCUAUUGGCAGCGUGCUGGACUAUGUGAUUCGUCCUGUGGUCCCCUCAGAAACACUGACCCUGGAGGUGCAGUACGAGACGGACCGAAAGCUUUAUGUGGACUUUUUGCCAUUACUUGUGAUGGAGGAUGGGACAUCUCUUAUAGCCAAACCGCAUCGGCUUGCCGCAGAGCGCCACGAAAACCUGUGGAGGCAGAGCUUCCGAGUGGCUGAAACUGCACGACUUAGGGCCUUGGAUCAAGAAGAUGGAGGCUAUCGAUGCGCUUGCCUCAAGGUGGCCAAGGCUGUGUGCAAGCUCAAUCCUGCCCUCAACCGGCUUAAUGCCAGCCAGCUCACCAACGCCAUCUUGCUGCUAAGCGAAAAACGUGACUGGACCCACGAGGCACUGGCGGACAACUUCCUACAGCUGCUAAAGGCGUUAGUGGGUUACCUGGAGGCGGGGCAACUGCCCUGCACCCUUAACCCAAAAGUUAACUUAUUCUGUGAACUGACUGAGCAGGAAGUGGAUGAGCUGGGCUACACACUCUACUGUGCGCUUUCGGAACCUGAAUCUCUUCUGAUGACUGCGGCAACACAGCUUCCGCAUCCCUCCUAAAUAAUCGGUACAUAUGUGGCACUCACUCAGUAGCUCUUCAGGCAAUGUUGACCUGCAGGCAUCAUUUUCAGGAGAAAUAAAACACCUGAUACCAACAUCUGAGAA